AUGCCGCACACCACCACCACCACCACCACCACCACCAGCGGCAGCAGGGGCAACAACAGCAAUGCCGCGGACGACUACGUGCCGCCGUCGCAGCGCGGUGUUGUCUUCCUCUCCUCCGUCCCCCGCGACAUGCGGCCGCAGGAGGUGCGCAUGCACUUCAAUCAGUUCGGCCCCAUCGUGCGGCACAAGUUCACGCCGUUCCCGAAGAAGGAGCGGCGCCCCGGCGGGCCGCUGCUGCCGCUGCAGUUCAUGCGCGGCUACGUGGAGUUCGCCCACGCCGAAGACGCGCAGAAGGCCGCGGCGGCGAUGAACGGCACGGCGGUCGACUGCAAGCGGCGACGCAAGUGCUACGGGCAGCUGUGGACGGUGAAGUACAUGCAGGGCUUCACGUGGGACACGCUGCUGGAGGAGAAUGAGGGCGCGCUGCGCACACGCCGGCAGC